UUUAUCUAAAUAACUUCUUAUCUAAUUAAACAAGAAUGUCACUCGACAAAAAGAAGCUCUUCCUCAACACGGUUUCAGUCAGCUUAGGCUGCAACAGCUGCAAGAAAUUGAAGCUCUCCAGUUUUUUCGACCCCAAACCACAGUCUCCUCCAUCUAAAACUCCUCCUCCUCCUUCGUCUGAAUUCGGAACCCUGACCUCAUUUCCUCCGAGCUCGGACACUACCACCCAGUACUGGGACAUGGACGUCGACAAGGAAACCAAGUGUUCAACGACGAUGGUUCGAGGGUUUGGGCGUGUGGGAGGGGAGAGCCUGGCGGUGGAGAAAGAGUCGGAUGACCCUUACUUAGAUUUCAGGUACUCGAUGUUGCAAAUGAUAUUGGAGAAGGAGAUAUAUUCGAAAGAUGAUUUGAAGGAGCUUCUCAACUGUUUCUUGAAGCUGAAUUCGUCUUAUUACCAUGACAUCAUUCUUACAGCUUUCACUGAUAUCUGGAAUGGGGUCUUCUCCAUCAACCCUGCUGACGAUUCCUUGAAGCGAUCGAGUUUAUAUUUAGUACACUGA